AUGACCUCCGUCGUGGAGGUGCUUGGGGUGGGUGCUGGUGUAGCUGCGUUCUUAGCUCUGGGCAGCUAUAGCUUCUACAAGCUAUGUAUGAAGGCCUUGUCGCCCUCUGGGUACACGGACCACUUGCUCAAUCACGACUCCGUGGGCGCGUUGAAUGGUCUAAGUCGAGGAGACAUUCCAGACAGGGAGUCGGACGCGUCCAAGUGGCUUUGCAACGUCUGCGCGUUUGCCAACGGCCGCGAAACCCUCGCGUGUGCGCUGUGUGAGACCAAACGAGGCACUAGUGUCGCUGCAAACACUAGUGUCACUGCGUCGGACAGCGACCACGGGCUUGCGUUUGUAUUACAUCCGAGUGAGUUCAGUCCCCUUCAACACAGCGCCGUAAUGCGAAAGGAAUGGAGGCGGGUGCUGGAUGCAGCCACCAACAGCAUGACGUGGGUCCGCACAACCAUCGCGCCGCCCGAGCUCGAGGCCCCCGCCGAGCGCUACUUCGUCGUGACGUCGACCUUGCCAUUCGACAUGACUGACGACGCAUUGUACCCAGCCAAUUUUUUGAACGAGUUCGUUCAGGUGGUUGUGGAGGAAGGAGCGGUGGCCACACACUCCGAAUACAACGACCUCCCCGAAACCACGACCACGACCCUGAACCUAGACAUGGCUGCAAACAACUCAGUUUGCAUUGAACUGGGCUUUCAUCCAAUCGAGGACGUGGAACACGCCAGUCGGACGCUGAUGGGCACGAGAGUGUCGCCGUGGCUCACGCAGCAGCUCGUCGACCUAGCCGACCAGCCAUUCACGGCCAAAUACGUGGCCCUGCUGUCGCUUCUCAAAGCCAACAUUGACCACGGGUACACUAUACUUGAUCAUUGGCAAUUGUGCGCUGAAUGGUCCGACUUAUUAGACAUGUGA